AUGGAUAAAUUUGGGUUAGAAGCGUUGCUCCCAUUGAUUAAGCAAGAUGAUACAGAAUUAUCAAAAAAAUAUAAUCAUGCAAUGACAAUUGGUACUGAUUUGUCGUCAAUGUUACAUUCUUUGGGGAUACCUAGAGACAAUCAGAGGUAUCGUAUAUUGGAUACGUUUCAAUCUCCUUGGGCAGAAACCUCUAGGAGUGAGGUUGAACCAAGAUUUUUCACCCCAGAAUCUUUUAAAAAUAUUCCAAAUGUAUUACAGUCUAAAGUUACACCUCCUGUUUUCAAUUCGAUAGAGAACGAUCAACAACGUGUGACGUUGUUCCAAGAUGAGACUCUUUUUUAUCUUUUUUAUAAACAUCCAGGUACUGUUAUUCAAGAGUUGACUUAUUUAGAGUUAAGGAAACGUAAUUGGCGUUAUCACAAAACGUUAAAGGCUUGGUUAACUAAAGAUCCAAUGGUAGAACCGUUAGUCUCUGGUGAUGGGUUGAGUGAAAGAGGUUCUUAUAUAUUUUUCGAUCCUCAAAGGUGGGAAAAGUGUCAAAGGGAAUUUGUAUUAUUUUACAAUGCAAUUAUGUAA